GCUGGGCCUGCGAUGUGGAAGGGAAGAUGUGCAAACAUACACACACACACACACCGUACACAAAGUGACUACCUUACAUUCUUGGAUUUUGACAGCAUUUGUACAGACAGACUGACAGUUUCGGGACAUUUCACAGAGGGAAACGAACCGAGGACAACUUCACUUUAUCCAGUACAGCUGGACCUGAGCUGAUUUGUCAGCCUUGUGUAGGUUUGGUUUUCACCCCCCAAGUCUCCUCUGGAUAUCAGCUGACCAUGGUGGUCUGAACAGAGGAAAGCCUGGCACAGUGUGUGUUCACUCUAACACAGCAAGGCUUGACCGAGAGAGGCGCAGAGACGGACCGAAGCAAAGAGAAAAGAAAAGAAAAAAGCCUACUUAAACACAACAUGUCUCAAAACAGAGAACUGGUGGCUUACUACAUAAACUAUAAACUCUCCCAGAGAAACUAUCCUCUCAACCACAUGGGACUCAUAGAGCCUCCGAACAGGACUGAUGGGGGGGAGGCGGGGUUGGUUGAGGAGCAGAGGGUAGCGACGCACGCCAACGGGACUUUGAACGGCACGAGUCCCGGCACCCCGCCAGCGUCCCCCGUACGGCAGCAACAGUUGGCGUCAACGACGAGCCUGGACGCGGUAAAAGAGGCCCUGCGGGACUCGGCCAACGAGUUUGAGCUGCGAUACGCCCGCGCCUUCAGCGAUCUGCACAACCAGCUGCACAUCACGCCGGCCACGGCCUACCAAAGCUUCGAGAACGUGAUGGACGAGGUAUUCCGGGACGGGGUCAACUGGGGCCGCAUCGUAGGGCUUUUUGCUUUCGGCGGGGCGCUGUGCGUGGAGUGCGUGGAGAAGGAGAUGAGUCCGCUGGUGGGCAGGAUCAUUGAGUGGAUGACGGUUUACCUGGACAACCACAUUCAGCCCUGGAUCCAGAGCCAAGGAGGAUGGGAGCGCUUUGCCGAAAUCUUCGGGCAGGACGCGGCGGCAGAGAGCCGGCGCUCUCAGGAGAGUUUCAAGAAGUGGCUGCUGGCGGGGAUGACCCUGGUGACCGGGGUCGUGGUGGGCUCCCUCAUCGCCCAGAAACGCCUGUGAAUGGAGCUGCACGCCAACCUUCCCCAACACUCAUGACCCUCUCCACCUUGCCUCCAUCACUAC